AUGACAAUGCCAUUGUCGGCAAUUUCUGCUGGUCAUUGUUGGGACCAAGAUAUGUUUCGACGUGUCGAAGUGGAAUCAUACGACACAGGCACAACCCUGAGGGAGGAAAUCGAAGGGGACGAGAAGAAUGAGCAAAGCCAAAGGACUUACGAAUAG